CUGCCCCUCAGAUUGUGACACCCCUCCCCCCACCUAUGACCUCAGCCCUGGAGCAGCCAGUGGGAACCCUGAGGGGUCUGUGAGGUCACCCCAUUCCGCUCCACAAAGACUUGUCCAGCAGCAGCCGCUGGCUCGUCUCUGUCCUGGGGAAGCUUCUGAGACCCGAGGACUCAAGAGCUGUGGUCACGACGGAGCUCCUGAGAGGGACGCCGAGCGUCGGGAACCGAGGACACUCCAAGUGUGGACCCUGGGAGGCCAGAACCAGGGACAAAAGCCUUGCAGGCGUGAGGAACAUCAUUCAGCAGUUCCGGGAGGCCCAAGAAGCCCACGGCCUGGCUCGGGCACCGUCACCACCGCCAGGCCACCAUGGUCCUCGGCUGGCUGCUGCUUCUGGUGAUGGCUCUGCCCCCGGGCACGACGGGCGCCAAGGACUGUGUCUUCUGUGAGAUCACCGACUCCUCGAGCUGCCCCGGCACCCACAUGCACUGCGGGGACGACGAGGACUGCUACACGGGCCACGGGGUGGCCCCAGGCGUUGGCCCCAUCAUCAACAAAGGCUGCGUGCAGACCACUUCUUGCGGCAAGGAGCAGCCCGUCAGCUACAUGGGCGUCACCUACAGCCUCGUCACCAACUGCUGCUACGGUCAGCUGUGUAACGAGGCCCCCAGCCCCACAGGCGGCCGGACGGCGGGGGCCACCACCAGCCUGGCGCUGGGCACACUGCUGCUGCUCCGACAUUUGCUGUGACCUACGUGGAGGGCAGGGCCUGGGACUGGUCUCCCGGCUCCCUGCUCCCCGUGCCCCCUGCCUCCACCCCCUUCCCCCAUUAAACAGCCAGAGGCCCUGGACAACCUCUUGUGGCCCUGGCUUCAUCCAUUCUAGGGCCGUGCACCGGGAGCCCGGUGCUCGGCACAGCAU